GCCCAGGGAGAUCUGGGGAAAAGGAGGGUGUUUCUGAUAUUUGACAAUGAGGAAAUGGGCAGCGCAGGGCAGGCCUGCCCUCUGGGGCUGAACAGCGCAGUCCCUCUGAGUUGCACGGAGACCUCGCAGACCCCGGGAGCUGUCGCCCUUUCAGGAUGUGGCUCCGUGCUCUUUUCCUGGCCACCCUCGCCGGUUCCACGACUUGGGGGCACCAGUCCUCGCCACCUGUGGUGGACACCAUGCAUGGUAAAGUCCUGGGGAAGUUCAUCAGCUUGCAAGGAUUUGCACAGCCUGUGGCCGUUUUCCUGGGAAUCCCUUUUGCCAAGCCUCCUCUUGGACCCCUGAGGUUUACUCCACCACAACCUGCAGAGCCGUGGAGCUUCGUGAAGAAUGCCACCUCUUACCCUCCUAUGUGCUCCCAAGAUCCCACGGCAGGGCAGUUUCUCUCUGAGCUCUUUACCAACCGAAAAGAGGAUAUUCCUCUCAAGUUUUCUGAAGACUGUCUUUACCUCAAUAUUUACACUCCUGCUGACUUGGCCAAGGAAAGCAGGCUGCCGGUGAUGGUGUGGAUCCACGGAGGGGGGCUGUUGCUGGAUGGGGCAUCAACCUAUGAUGGGCUGCCCCUUGCUGCCUAUGAAAACGUGGUGGUGGUGACGAUUCAGUACCGUCUUGGCAUCUGGGGAUUCUUCAGUACAGGGGAUGAACACAGCAGGGGGAACUGGGGUCACCUGGACCAGCUGGCUGCCCUGCGUUGGGUCCAGGACAACAUUGCCAGCUUUGGCGGGAACCCAGGCUCUGUGACCAUCUUUGGACAGUCAGCGGGAGGAGAAAGUGUCUCUGUUCUUGUUUUCUCUCCAUUGUCCAAGAACCUCUUCCACCGGGCCAUUUCUGAGAGUGGCGUGGCCCUCACUCCUGGUCUGGUGGAGAAAGGCAACAUCAAGCCCCUGGCUGAGGUAGGUCCCCCACUGGAGGUCCCCACCCUUUUGGCUCUGUGCUCCUUAAUUCACAGGGGUCACUCUUGCUGUGGGUUCUACUGGUUGUGGUCCACUUUACAGAACAUCUCCCUCUGGCAGCCAGAACUAGCUUGUCAUUCAUUGGGUCUUGUAGAGCAGACCAAAGGUCUGAGAAGCCAUGUGGUCCAAAGCCUAAGAAUUGUCCAGUUCCAUCUGAUAUCCAGGAAGGAAAUACAGCCCAUGGCACGUGGAGCUGGGAAGAUGGCACAGAGGACUGGUGUCUGCUUCUUCCUCUCCCCAUCACCUGGCCACUGCCAGCCUCUGCCUGAAGUUCUACCCCUGGGUCGCACAUAUCUACCCCCCGAAGUUAGGAACUCAAGCGUGUGUAGCCGUGGCCCAUGGCCACGCCAGUCUGUGGUGUUGGUCUCACCCUCAGACAGGUGGAAUUGGAGACACGGGUGUGGCCUGGGGUGGAAAUCACAGAUUCUGUGCUGCUCUCUCCCCCAGAGUUACCUCUACACCCCCACAGUGAUUGAUGGGGUUGUGCUGCCAAAAACACCUGAGGAGCUGCAAGCUGAAAGGAAAUUCCAGACUGUUCCCUACAUGGUUGGAUUCAACAAGAAGGAGUUUGGCUGGUUGCUUCCAACGUUGUUGAGCUAUCCACUCUCCGAAGGGAAACUGGACCAGAAGACAGCCAUGUCACUCUUGUGGAGGUCCUAUCCCCUUGUUAAAAUUCCUAAGGAGCUCAUUCCAGAAGCCAUUCAGACGUACUUAGGAGGAACAGACGAUCUUGUCAAAAAGAGAGACCUCUUCACGGACUUGGUGGAGGAUGUGUUGUUUGGUGUCCCAUCUGUGAUUGUGGCCCGAAACCACAGAGAUGCUGGAGUACCCACCUACAUGUAUGAGUUUCGGUAUCGUCCAAGCUUCUCAUCAGACCUGAAACCCAAGACGGUGGUAGGAGACCAUGGGGACGAGAUCUUCUCCGUCUUUGGGGCCCCAUUUUUAAAAGAGGGCAGCUCUGAAGAGGAGAUCAGACUUAGCAAGAUGGUGAUGAAAUUCUGGGCCAACUUUGCUCGCAAUGGAAACCCCAAUGGGGAAGGGCUGCCCCACUGGCCAGAGUACAACCAGAAGGAAGGGUACCUACAGAUUGGUGCCAACACCCAGGCAGCCCAGAAGCUGAAGGACAAGGAAGUGGCUUUCUGGACUAACCUCUUUGGCAAAAAGGUGGUGGAGAAGCCACCCCAGACAGAACACAUUGAGCUGUGAAUGGGAUGUCCAGCCAGCCUCAGGAGCCUGGAGGAGCCAAGAAUGGGGUCCUGCAAAAGGGAUGGCAGGUUAAGAAGGCAUCUUACUGUGGCUGGAGAAUUGUCUGGUGGCGGGGGAGGUGGAGGGGGCAGAGGCCAUGAAGAAGCAAGUUUUGUAUUUGUGACCUCAGCUUUGGGAAUAAAGGAUCUUUUGGAGGCAAAAUCA